UGCUGUGCUUGAUUGAACUGAUUGGUUUAAAAAAGUUGACACGUGCGUCGGGGGCCUCUUUAAAUUUAAGCAAGGAGUUCAGUUUUCAGUGUACAUCGAAGAACUUUUGAUACUUUAUUAAUACAGAUACAUACAAGGGCUAUAGCAAAAUGGAACAAUUUGUGGGAAAAUGGGCAUUGAAAAGCAGUGAGAACUUUGAUGAAUACAUGAAGGAAGUUGGAAUGAGCUUUGCUACUCGCCAAAUGGGAAACAUGACCAAGCCCAGUCUAGUUAUCAGUUUGGGUGACCAGGGACUCAUCUCUGUUAAGGGUGUAAGCACAUUCAAGACCACAGAAAUCAAAUUCAAAUUGAAUGAGGAAUUUGAUGAAACGACUGUAGAUGACAGAAAAACUAGGACUCUGAUUACCUUGGAAAAUGGUAAACUGGUGCAGAAACAAAUGUGGGACGGCAAGGAAACCACAGUUGAAAGAGACGUGCAGGAUGGAAAACUGGUUGCGAAAUGUAUAAUGAAUGAUGUGGUGGCUGUGCGGAACUACGAACGGGAGGCAUGAUCCCAGGCGUCCUUGGCUGUUACCCUGUUGAUUCUUUUAAUCCCUGCAAUCAAGACCCUGCUUUCACUGGGUUAUUUCAAAGGAGGAUUUCAACCUUUGUGUCCCAGAAAUGUGUCCC